UCAAAUACACCCUCAAAUUUCAAACCCAUUCGUCUGAUAUGAAGACUUUUUCCUCAUAUUCCUUCGCAAGCUUCCUCUCUCUACAUAUUAAACACUCCCCAAUUUUUUUUCAAAUCUCUCAGUCUCUCUCAAACUCUAGCUUUCUCUCUCUAAAUCAUUCCAUGUCUUCUUUCAAAUCCCCACACUCUCUGCCCUCAUCCGCCGACAGGAGUGAUCGGAUGGGUCUGUCUCACCGCCCUUCCGGUGAGGUUCAUGUCAUUGUCGGGCCAAUGUUUGCCGGCAAAACUACUGCUCUUCUUCGCAGAAUCAAAUCUGAAGUCAACAAUGGCCGAAGUGUUGCAAUGAUAAAGUCAAGCAAGGAUACAAGAUAUGCAGUUGAUUCAGUUGUGACCCAUGAUGGGACAAAAUUUCCAUGUUGGGCACUGCCAAAUCUGUUGUCCUUUAAACAGAAAUUUGGAGCAGAGGCAUAUGACAAGCUGGAUGUGAUUGGCAUUGAUGAAGCUCAAUUCUUUGAUGACCUUUAUGAUUUCUGCUGCAAGGCUGCUGAUUGCGAUGGGAAAAUUGUUAUAGUUGCUGGCCUGGAUGGGGAUUACUUGAGAAGGACCUUUGGCUCAGUGCUUGACAUAAUACCCCUGGCUGAUUCCAUAACCAAACUGACAGCUCGGUGCGAGUUCUGUGGCAAGCGGGCUUUUUUUACCUUAAGGAAGACUAAUGAGACAAAGACUGAGCUGAUUGGUGGUUCUGAUGUCUAUAUGCCUGUCUGCCGCCAGCACUAUGUCAAUGGGCAGGUUGUCAUCGAAUCAGCAUGGGAUACUCUGGAAUCUUGUAGUAAAGCGCAAACGGACUCUUAUCAGGAGGAAGUUGCAGUUGCUUAGAAACAUAUCUAGCUUAUUCACAGCCUAAUAGUUUUUUGGGCUAUUUGUAUUUUUGUCAAGGUGUUUGCAUAACAUCUUGAAUUUGGAUUUUGCAAUGUUUCUAUGGUACCUUCUCAUAUGUAUAUGUAGAAAGUUUAUUUUAUAUUGUAUCAAUAUUUAGCACUUGAGUACUUCUAGUUUAUGUUUUAAAGAUGGCAAAGAAGAUGGUGAUGCAGGCA